AUGAAGAGAAAGAACCAGUACUUCAACGUCCGAGACAGAGCAGAGCUGAGCGAUGAGAGCUCAAGGGAGCAGAUCCUUCCACGUUCCAAGUCGGCACAGCUCCACAAAAGAGCCGUGCCAAUUACUUCCAGUUGGGGACUGCCGCUGGGCGGGUUGGAGAGAGGAGCCAAAAAUCAGUUUUCUACUUUCAGCAAUUUCAUCACAACCAUCAACCAAAAGAAAGAAGGCAUCGGAAACAGAAAUUCACCUACGCAACUUGUUAUACCCAACAUCAAAAAUGUGAGAGACCUGCCACCGAUUUGCCUGGACGUACGACAGAAGCAGCGCAUCUCUAUAGAUACACUGCCCCAAGAACUGAAGGCACCAGUUCCUCCUGAACCCUCCCUUCCCAUCCGAACCAAAACUGUGAAAGACUUUCAGGAUGAUGUGGAAAAGGCAAAGUCAUCAGGAGAUUGGAGACCUGUACAUGAUUUUUAUUCUACAACAUUUGAUUCUUUCCUGGAGAUAAAUGCAGCAUUUAAGAAAGACACCAAUUCCCCAUUUAAUACCAUUGAGGACUCUGGAAUCAAUGCCAAAUUUGUGAAUGUUGUCUAUGAUGCCUUAUUAAAUACCCCUCAAGAUGUUCAGAAGUCAGUCCUAAAAGGAGUAAUUAAUGGUCUGCUACAAGAAUGGAAAGGGCCACGGACAAAAGAUGAUCUUAGAGCAUACUGUAUACUUUUACAGAAUCCUCAAUUUAGUAACACUUCUACUUAUGUCAUCUAUGCUCACUUGCUAAGACAGAUAGCAGCCUUAACAGAAGCUGACCAUCAUUUCCUAGUGCACUGGUCCAAAAAGAUUUCGCAGAGGAGGUUCAAGCAGGUGGUGGACAGGUUACUGCAGUUCAUUUCCUUACGCCUCUUUCCUGCAAAACCUGAAGAGUUUCCACCUAUGGUGAAAUGUGCCUGGUGGAUUCCAUCAGCAACCAAAGUCCUGGCUUUAUUUAAUGCUGCAAAUAGUCUGGUCAGUCCUCCUAUUAUUGCAUAUACGGAUUUCUAUAACUCUACACUUGAUCAUAUUGAUCUUAUGGAAGAAUAUCAUAACUGGCAAUGUUAUGGAAAUUCUCACAGGUUUUCUUUCUGUCAAUACCCAUUUAUUAUUUCUAUAGCGGCAAAAAAAGUUAUUAUUCAAAGGGACUCAGAACAGCAGAUGAUAAGUAUUGCACGGCAAAGCCUUGUGGAUAAAGUCUCUCGCAGACAGAAACCUGACAUGAAUAUGUUGUUCCUAAAUGUGAAAGUGAGGAGGACGCACCUUGUUAGUGACUCACUUGAUGAGCUAGCAAGGAAGAGAGCAGAUCGGAAAAAGAAGUUGAGAGUCACAUUUGUAGGGGAAGCUGGUCUUGAUAUGGGUGGCCUGACAAAAGAGUGGUUUCUUCUGCUGAUUCGCCAGAUUUUUCACCCAGAUUACGGCAUGUUCACCUACCACAAGGACUCUCACUGCCACUGGUUCAGCAGCUUUAAGUGCGAUAACUAUUCUGAGUUCCGGUUGGUUGGAGCCCUGAUGGGCCUUGCUGUGUACAACAGCAUCACCCUGGAUAUCCGCUUCCCACCCUGCUGCUACAAGAAAUUGCUGAGUCCCCCCAUUGUUCCCUGUGACCACAACGCGCUCGUAGGCAUCUGUGAUGUCACAUUAGAUGACCUGUUUCAGAUUAUGCCCGAACUGGCCCACGGACUGAGUGAACUUCUCUCCUACGAAGGCAACGUCGAAGAGGAUUUUUACUCAACCUUCCAGGUUUUUCAGGAAGAAUUUGGUGUUAUAAAAUCUUACAACUUAAAGCCAAAUGGAGAUAAAAUUCCAGUCACAAAUCAGAACAGGAAAGAAUAUGUGCAGCUCUACGUUGAUUUUCUUCUCAACAAAUCAAUCUACAAACAAUUUGCAGCUUUCUAUUACGGGUUUCACAGUGUCUGCGCUUCGUAUGCGUUACUGCUGCUUCGUCCAGAGGAGGUUGAAAUCCUGGUGUGUGGCAGCCCGGAGCUGGACAUGUCUGCGUUACAGCGAAGCACCCAGUACGAGGGCUACCAGAAAACUGACCUUACUAUCCGAUACUUUUGGGAUGUAGUACUUGGAUUUUCUCUUGACCUUCAGAAGAAGCUGCUCCACUUUGCUACAGGAAGCGAUAGAGUACCUGUGGGAGGAAUGGCUGACUUGAAUUUUAAGAUUUCAAAGAGUGAAACAUCCACUAAUUGGUUACCUGUGGCCCACACCUGCUUCAACCAGCUUUGUCUCCCUCCUUACAAGAACAAGAAGGAACUGAAGCAGAAGUUGAUCAUUGGAAUUUCAAAUGCAGAGGGUUUUGGCCUGGAAUAAAAUGGAAUACUUCAAGAACAGCAUUUUUAUGUAGCAUUCACUCUCUUCUGAUUGUGCCUUUAAGCUUUUUGUUGUUAUGUCUCUUGAUAAUGUGCCAGUCUUACCCCACUUAGAGAUAUUUUUUUUUAAAUUAAAUAUAAAUGUGUUUAUUCCUGAAUGGCAAUACAUCUACUGCUUGCUUUGUCAUAGAAAAUAGCUUUCUUCAUACACAAAAAAACCUGAAACCUGACUAAGACGAUUUCUAAGUUAUAGUUUGUUUCUCUUUUUUUCUUAAUAGCACUUUAUCAUUAAUUGUAAUUUCUUUACAUUGCAGGUAUCCCACUGGGAGAUGAUAUACAGAAUAUUUCUUUAUUAGCUAAUCCCAGUGGUAGAAUGUUUUCAAUUAACAUGAAUAACAAAAGAAAUAUAACGUAGAGCAUGUAGCCAUAUUUUCACAACGGCAAAUAGGAAUUUUAGUCUUUAUAAAAUGUAUGCAGUUUUAAUAUUCUGGUUUUCUUUUUCAAUGAAACAGGCUGUCUAGGAAGCAUGUAAAUAACUGCCUGUGAACAAAUAGGGUUUUGAUAGUGCCAUUUACUGCUAAAAAUUUAUUUUUUAUGAAUAAGAGGUUUUAGAUGUUCUAUAUUCAGCUUUUACAGAUCAACGGGCUUGACUGUACAAGGGCGUCAAAAGGUACUUUUUUCAGCUUGAGGGGAUUCAAGUUCAAACUGCAGGUGUUAAGCGUUAAUUAAGUUCAUUCUUUGACAGCUAACUAACUAGAUCUACUGUAGCAUUAGAGUAAACAAAACAAACAAAAAACUGCCAAAAAAAAUAUUUAAAAGAAAUUACACAUAUGGUGAAAUGUUUCAGGAACGAAUGAAAACCACAACAUGUGGCAAACUAAUGCUCUGUAUCACACUAUCAUUUAUUUCAGCAGCUUUGUUGGAAAUUCUUAAGUAAGCUGUGACAAAAGUGAAUACAAUAACAUUUCGGAAGAAUGUUGAAACUUUCAUUAACUUGGAAAGCCAGCAUUUAAAGACAGUGUGUUGUGGUUUUCACUGCACAAACUACAUGACAAGAAUUCCUGGUGUGCCUGCUCCGAGUUAGUAAAUUAGGAGCUGGGAAGGAAACUGGUUCUAAAAUGCAGAUGUAAGUCUGGGUUUUAUACCUUAAAUGGAAAGAAUUUAUCAGCAUGCGGUAUGGUAUUUUUUUAAAAUAUGAACAGCCACUGUGUUCUAUAGAUUUUUCUUUCAGCUGAAUGAGGCCCAGAUCAUUCAAGGCACUUCAGCAUCCAAUUUGUCACUGUCCCCAUUGACUCCUACUGGGGCAUGGAUGCCUGAUUGCCUUGUGUCCAUAGUGAAUUACUUAAUUGCAGUAAGAGUAAAAUAUUCUAUUAUUCUUGUCUGCCCUCUCUGUGUUAGUCACAUAUCUAUAGACAGAUCUAUAGACAAUGAACAAAUUAAUCUGCAUAAUCUGUAGUUUCAAAGCUGUUGUGGAUUUUCUUCAAUAGCUAAGUGCAAAUUUUAUUUUGUUCUAUUUCUUAGAGAAGGUACUGGUGAUUAAACUGUUCUAUGAGACAGAGAUAAACAGUAGGAUACUUUAAAAUAUUUGGUCCAUUGACUUCAGCCUGGAACAAAACUGGGCUAGCACAGAAUGUUGAAAGCAGCACUUCACACCUGUGUGUUUUACAAUGGAGAUUGGAAAAUAAAUUUUAAUCUACAGCAUUUCAGAUAUUAAGAAAUAAAUGAAACUUUAUCAUCGCACUGAAGGAACUAGAUUGCUUGAACCAAUGUUAAAUUCCUAACAGCUGAAUGGGGGUAAGAAAUCCAGGAAGAAACAGCUCCUCCUUUCCCCUCUCUGUAGAAUCGGGUCCAUAGAAGGUUGGCUGAGGAAUAAAUAGCUAUACAGUUUAUCUGAAAACACGGCAA